CCUCUUUCUGCUCCGCGCCGGGCGCGUGGCUUCUUUGUGUGGCGCACCUGGUCCGGGAGGCAGGAAGGCGACCCGGCUCCUGCCAUUGGAGGGGGUGGGGCGCCCGGCGGGGCCGAGCGAGCGAGCGAGCGAGCAGGCGCCCUCUCCCCCUUCCCGCGGCAGCUUCCCCGCCUCCGCCGAGGCGCAAAAGGCUCCCCCUUUCGCCCUCCUCCUAGCGCGUCCCUCACCUGUACCUGCCCACCCUCCGGCUCACCUGCCGCUCUCCCCGCCGCCGCGCUCCCUUCUCUCCCGCCCGGUCCUCUCGCGUCCUCCACUCCGCAGAGCCCAACAACUUGGUCCGCGUUGCGUGUGUUGAGUGCGUGUGUGUGCUUGUGGGGGGUGGGGGGGCGCUUUGGAAGGUGGAUCUAUUCCAAGCCUCUCAGAACUUCGCCCCUUUGGACCGCGCAGACCGCCGCCCCCAGCCUUUGGCUGCUCUUCUGUUCACCCCUCUUGCUUCUCCAACACCCCCCCCCGCGCCCCUCCAAGAACAGCCCUUCAAUAUGGAUGUAAGAUUUUAUCCAGCUGCAUCUGGAAGUUCCCUUCCUGGAGAUCCUUCCAGUCUGGACUUUGCCCAGUGUUUGGGUUACUACAGCUACAACAAGUUUGGCAACAACAAUAACUAUAUGAACAUGGCAGAAGCAAAUAACGCAUUUUUUGCGGCAAAUGAGCAAACAUUCCAUACUCCAAGUCUUGGAGAUGAAGAGUUUGAGAUUCCACCAAUCACACCACCACCUGAACUGGAUCCCAGUAAUUUAGGGAUGGCUGAUAUUCUUCUGCCUUUUCAAGGCCUGAGUGAUCAAUUGGUGACUCAAGGAAAUGAGUUUACACCUCAGUUUCCACCGCAAAGCUUGGAUCUUCCUUCCAUUACAGUAUCUCGAAACCUGGUGGAACAAGAUGGUAUUAUCCAAAGCAAUGGAUUACAUAUGGAUCAUACUCAUACAGAUAUGCCUCAGUAUCGUCAGGACCAUUCUUUGAUUAUGAGAUCUGUUGUCCACAUGACUGAAGCCGCUCGUUCAGGAAUUAUGCCUCCUAAUCAGCUUACUACUAUUAACCAAUCCCAGCUAAGUGCUCAACUGGGAUUAAAUCUAGGGGGUACCAAUUUGCCACAUACAUCUCCUUCCCCUCCUGCAAGUAAAUCAGCAACUCCCUCACCGUCCAGUUCUAUAAAUGAAGAAGAUGCAGAUGAUCCCAACAGAGCUGCAGGAGAAAAAAGGGCUGCACCAGAUUCUGGCAAGAAGCCAAAAACUCCAAAGAAAAAGAAAAAGAAAGAUCCUAAUGAACCACAGAAGCCUGUGUCUGCAUAUGCCCUGUUCUUCAGGGACACGCAAGCAGCAAUUAAAGGCCAGAACCCGAAUGCCACCUUUGGAGAGGUUUCAAAAAUUGUGGCUUCCAUGUGGGAUAGCUUAGGAGAAGAGCAAAAACAGGUGUAUAAAAGGAAAACGGAAGCUGCGAAGAAGGAAUACCUUAAGGCACUUGCUGCCUACAGAGCUAGCUUGGUUUCCAAGGCUGCUGCUGAGUCAGCUGAAGCCCAGACGAUCCGGUCUGUCCAGCAGACUCUGGCCUCCACGAGUCUGUCCUCUUCCUUGCUUCUGAAUGCCCCCCUUUCCCAACACGCAGCCGUAGUCACGUCCCCGCAGACUCUUCAGCAAUCCCUUCCCAGGGCAAUCGCUCCCAAGCCUCUAACCAUGAGGCUGCCCGUGAAUCCAAUCGUUGCCCCUGUCACCGUUGCACCGAGCGUGCCCACAAACAUUUCCAGCUCGCUGAUCAGCUCCAUGACUGCCAACAUGGCGGGCCCUCCAGCAUCAACGUCCUCCCAAGUCAGCCCUUCCUUACAAAGCCAGCAGCACCAGCUCCAGCACCUGCAGCAGCUGCAGCUGCAACAGCAGCAAAUGCAACAGCAGCAGCUCCACCAGCAGCAGCUCCAUCAGCAGAUUCAGCAGCAGAUGCAGCAGCAGCAUUUCCAGCACCACAUGCAGCAGCAGAUGCAGCAGCAGCUCCAGCAGAUUCAGCUCCAGCAGAUGCACCAGCAGCAGCUGCAGCAGAUGCGCCACCCGUCGCAGCCUUCUCCCCAGCAACAUUCGCCGGUCUCCUCACAGAUCAGCUCGCCUGUAUCGGCCAUCAGCAGCCCACCCCCAGCCAGCCAGCAACACCAGUCCCAAACACAAGGCCAGACGCAGACUCAGCUAUUAUCACAGGCCAGUAUUUUCUGAAGACGCACGAGUCGAUGAUGCUUUGCAUGACCUACGAAGCAAAGCUGGGAAUCAUGCAGAAACUGUGCAUUGCCGAUGGGUAGUUCUGCAGGGAUGCAUAACACACAAAGUGACUUCUAAGCUGUCUAUUAGAUAGGCAAUAAAGAAUUACAGUGUAGCUGGGUAUAAUCCUUUAGCUGAAUUAUAAAUAUUUCCUUUUCAGGGUUUUUUUUUCCCUUUUUUGUUUUCCUUUUGCUCUUUUGGUUUCUUAGGAAAAUAAGCUGUGCUCUUUUUUUCCGCUUUUUUUUUUAAAUGUGGCCUUUUUUUUUUUAAUUUAUUCCAAGCUUUACUGACAAUAUGUGAAUUGAAUAGUCUUACAUAUGCCUGGGCAAGAAGACUGGAAAAAAAAAAGGCCUUUUUACAAUUUUCAGAUUAAAACUGUUUGUUCCUGCAAAAUUGGCGGAUGCACUUCACACCAGUUAGUUUUGGAAUUUGUUUGAACACAUGAGAGCUCUUGAAAGCACAGUUGUAACUACCUGUAAAAUGUUGAUUGGAUUUCAUACAAUCAUACUUACACGACAUGAGUAGCUGACGGUGUUUUUCUGUCAUUGAUAAUAUAAUAAUGUAAAAGAAAUAUCACAGACUUUUGCCAAAGCUCAUUUUUUUUCCUUUUUAAUAAUGUCUUCUGAAGGGAAAAAAAUGCAAGUGAAAGUUCAUAAACAUCAAAAACCCAUCUUCUCAUCCUACUAUUUUUUCUCCAAAUUCUCCAAUACUUCGGAAUAAAACACGUUCUUACUCAGUCCUGCUCAUACCGAUUAAAAAGAAAGUGAAUAUUCUAUUCUGUGUUUGGGUGAACUUUCAGAUUUAAUACACUGUAUUUUUUAAAAAAAGGAAAUGCACUUAAAUAAACUGUUAUUACAAAAAAAAAAAAGUAAGGGGAAAAAAUGUGAGUUUUUAAAAUAUGAUGUAAUAUUGGUAGAUUAUUUAAGGGGAUUGCCACAUCUGAAUAAUCAGUGUAAAUAUUUUCUUUAAAGGGUUGUAAGUUUUCGGAUCAUGUGCUGUAAAGUUUUCAUAAAUGAGGCUUUAAUGUAAA